AUGCGGGCCCAAUUCGCCCUCUGUGCACUCGCCACCGGCGCCGGCGCCGCCUCGGCGGCUUGGCAGGCGAACGUGACGGCCGACGAGGCCAAGGAAGCCUCGUGCGGCGACAAGUGCCUGGAGGCGGUUCGCCGGGGGAGCGCCGAGGCCCUCAUGUUCAUUGGCACCAACUUCGACUCCGACUUUUACGCCACGGCAAGCAACAUGACGGGCAGCCGACCCGGCGACGUGCUCAAGCUGCAGCCCGUCAACCCGGACCAGCGCCAGGGCAUCAAGGCCGGGACAAGCAUCUGGCGGUUCCAGUACACGACCGUGGAUCUCGACGGGACGCUGGUGCCGGCGACGGGCUUCGUUGCGUUUCCCUACGGGGCGCCGCCGGCCGGGGGCAAGUUCCGGCUGGUGGCGUACGCGCACGGGACCAUCGGCAUCUUCCCCAGAUGCGUGCCGUCGACGGUACCAAAUCUAUUCGACUAUGACACCUGGCAGCCGCUGGUGAGCCGGGGCUACGCCGUCGUGGCCACAGAUUACGCCGGGCUGGGCAACAACGCGACGCAGCACAAGUACUGCAGCUUCAACGCGCACGCGGCCGACGUCUACUACUCGGUCGUGGCGGCGCGGCGGCUCUUUGGCCACGUCCUGACGCGCAAAUGGAUGGCGGCCGGCCACUCGCAGGGCGGCGGCGCGGCGUGGAAGCUGGCCGAGAGCGGCCUCGUGGCCAACGACGCGGCAUACCUCGGCACCGUCGCCCUCGCGCCCGCGACAUACGCCGUCGACAUGGUGCUGCGCGGCCUGGACGAAGGCGCCGAGCACUCGGCCUUCCUGCCCUACCUGCCCCUGGCCGUGCACCGGGCCAACGCCAGCUACCACGAGACGCUGCUGUCGGACACGAUGCGGCGCCGCGUGCGCCUGGCCGAAACGGCGCAGCUGUGCAACAGCGCCGUGUUGGCCCUCACGGACGACCUCAAGGGCCAGCGCGACCAGCUCGUCUCGUUGCCGGGCAUCGAGCGCGACAUGGACACCCUGCUCCGGUGGCAGGACGCCGAGGCGCCGGGCCAGGGCUCCCGCUCGCCCGCGCCCGUCCUGGUGUUGCAGGGGCUCAACGACACGACGGUCCUGGCGCCGAUUACGAUGCGCGCCGUCGAGAGCAGCUGCGGCAAGGGCGGCAACGAGGUCCACCUGAGCCUCUACCCGGGGCUCGAGCACACGCCCGUGGUGCAGGCCGGCGCCCCGGAGUGGCUCGGCUGGAUCGACGCCCGCUUCGCCGCCGCCGCCGCCGCCGCCGACAAAAACGGGGCGCUGCCCACCGGAAAGGGGGGCAAGGGGGGCAAGGGGCAGAAGUGCUCGUGGCGCACGAGGGAGGCCUUUCACAUGGGGCACGUUUCUCUGCCGCCGGGGGAUUAG